CAAAAGAGAGUAGGAAACGCGCUUAUUUAGAAAAGCCAUUAUCGUGAAUGAAAUGGAAGAAUUCUUGAACCAAAAACGCUUAUGCACAAGUCGGAGCAGCUACGUGUUUCACCACCAAUCGUCGCUUUUGCGUUCACGUAUUCACAACAACGUCGCAUUUUGCAGCAGAGCUUCACGUUCAUCGACAACUUCGUCUUAUUCAAAUCACAACGUACAAAAUGAAGAAACACGGCUCCACCUCAAUGAUUCACGACUCAAAAUCCUCAACAAUACUCGAUUCGAUUUACUUGUGCACGCGCGAAAACAAGGAAAAACAGAAUUGAAAUCAAGAAACUCACCGAAUUUGAAGCUUCGAUUACAAACAGGUCUUGGUAGUUCAAACAUGGGUAGUGCAAGCAUGACAUUUCGUAGACAUUUGGACAUGGAGACAAAAUGGUCAAGAUUUGAAGUUGUUUUCUAAAAUGUGAAAUCAUUUUUCUACUUGAAUUGUUAACUUGUAUGAAGAGUUGGAAUGUUUUAUGGAUUGGUUGCUUGCACUUGGAAGUCUUUGGAAAUGGGAAGGUGAAUAGGUCAUGGCCAUUGGUGAAUGCUUGGAAUGUAUUGAAUUUGGAAUGGUGCAGUUGAAAUGAACCUUGUGAAUUGAUUGUAUGGAAUUAAAUGUAAAAUGUAUGGAAAUUGAAUGAAUUGAUGUAAUUUGAAUGAUGUAUUAUGAUUAUGUGAAUAUUGAUGUAUGGUUGAAGUGGUUGUGUUCUAUUGUUUGAUCAAUGAAUUGCCUUCCACAUGA